AUGAAGGCUAUUUACGUUUUAUUUUUAACACUACUAAGUGUAACCUUAGCUGCUGAUGUUGUCAGUUGUAACGCAACUCAGCACUGUCCAGAAGAUUCGCCAUGUUGUUCUCAAUUCGGAGAGUGUGGUACUGGUGCUUAUUGUUUAGGUGGUUGUGACAUAAGAUACUCAUACAACCUCACAGCUUGUAUGCCUAUGCCAAGAAUGGACGACUAUUCAAAGACAUUUGAUUCCAAAAGUGCGGUAAAAGAGAUUGAACUUGCCAAUGAGUACUUGGGUAAUGCUACUGAGGCAGACUGGGUAUACACAGGUUGGAUAGAUUACUACAAUAGCUCAUUAUUGUUGCAAAUGCCUAACCACACCACCGGUACAGUUCUUUCAUCAACAAAAUACUUGUGGUAUGGUAAGGUCUCCGCUAAGAUGAAAACUUCUCAUGGUGGAGGUGUUGUCACUGCAUUCAUUUUGUUUUCUGAUGUUCAGGAUGAAAUUGAUUACGAGUUCGUUGGGUACAAUUUGCAAGCUGCUGAAUCAAAUUUCUAUGCCCAGGGAAUCUUAAAUUAUACCAAUUCCAAGAAUGCUACAGUUAAUGAUACUUUUGAGUACUACCAUUUGUACGAAAUGGAUUGGCAUGAGGAUCACAUCACUUGGUCAAUUGAUAACAAAGCCGUUCGUACAUUGAAUAGAAAUGAAACUUGGAAUGAAACCACAAAGAGACAUGACUUUCCACAAACUCCUUCAAGAAUCCAGUUUUCAUUGUGGCCCGGUGGUGACUCCUCCAAUGGUGUUGGUACCAUUGAAUGGGCCGGUGGUGAAAUUGAUUGGAAUGCCGAAGAUAUCAAAAAAUACGGAUAUUUUUAUGCCCAUAUUAAGGAGAUUGAUGUUGAAGUUUACGACUUACCAGGAAAUGUAAGUCUUUCGAGUAAUUCAUCCAAUUCCGAUGAUUAUCAUGCAUUUUUGUACGAUAGCACUGAUGGUGAUGAAUCAAAUAUUUAUUUAACAAACAAGAAAACUUGGUUGGGUAACGAUGAUGCUACUGGGUUUGAUCCAGAUAAUGAUAGAGACACACAAAAUGAAAAUGAAACUACCACCAUUGUGAAGACCAGUGGCUCAUCAACCAUUACCAGUGUUCAAACUUCGACAAAAAGAGUUUCAGCCAACGCACCAGCGCAAAACACAGCAGCGGCAAACAAAGCCACUGCAACUCAGGAUUCAACCACCACUGAUUACGAUCCAAGUGCUGGAGUCGGUGGGUUUGUGCAAAACUCAAAAGAGACUUCCUCUGGGGAUUCCUCAAGCAGUGGUGGAGCUGCAGGGUUGACCUAUGAAGUUGGCAAAGAGAGUAUUUUCUUUGCGAUUGCGUUGGGAUUUGUAUCAUAUUUUGUAUAG